AUAUUCCCAAUAAUUUACAAUAUUGUCUCUAAAUUCUUUGGAGUGGAAUCCCACUCUAAAGCGAAAAUCCUAGCAGUCUUGAUAAAGAGUGGCUGGAUUUUCACUCAUUUAAAGCGGGAUUCCACUGUUUUAGAUGAAAUUUCACUCCAAAGAAUUUAGAGGGUUAAAUUAAAUAAUAUUAUUUACUUCUACAUAUAAUAUUCAUUUAUUAUCAGGACUGGAUGACAUAUAUGACCAUUUUUAGUAACAUUACUCGCUUAUAGGGUACACUUUCUAGAUGCAAAUUAAACAUUGUAACAUGUUAAUAAAAAUAGUAAAAAGUCUAUAAUAAUAAUGCAAAACUCAUACAUAUAUGGCAUGUCAAAUUUAUAUGAAUAAAAUCCUGUUCCAAACUCUUUUUUAUAACAAGUCGUAGUUUACAAUCCGACUAUGUUUACCGUGGGGAUUUUUCAAAAGUUCUCGAUUAUUACAUAUUGCAACCACACAAAUAUCCUGCGAUGUGACGAGGAAUCCGCGUUUUUACCAACAAACGCAAAGCGUAUCUUUUUACUCACCACUCGCGACGGAUGCGAUAGCAAUAAAACGUGAUAAGACCUGAUAAGUCAGCUAUUGGGUAGUGAGAGUGCGAUUAUCAUAUGAUAUGUGAAAUUUAUCGAGAUUUACCCUUUCCACCGAACGGAAUGCUAGUGACAGUUAAGAGAGAGAAGUCGCCGGACACCUGUUUGUGAAUAAAACCUCUGUCGGCGCGAUUAGUGUUCAAAACCAGUGCUCAGUGAUUUCAGCGGUGUAAUCUCUUAUCCAUGCGAAAUGGAAUCGGCGAUUGACGAGGCCGAAGUGCAGAUAAACAUUGAUGAAGUAGAUGUGGAGGCAUCUACUAUUAUUACGCAGAGGAACAGAUCCAAUUCAGCGAUUGAUUCUUGCAGCUAUAGAAAAUACCUUCUUGUCGAAGCCUCUUGUCGAAGUCGGAGCAGAUCUCUAUCUUCCACAGAUUACUAUGCAUCACCGGAGCAAAAUGAACCUGAAAUCAAUAUGGAUUUGUAUACAUCUGCAAAAUCAUUCCAAUCCAACGAGAAGAUAUCGGACGCAGUCGAUGCUUCACCCGAUUCAGUUCCAUAUAAGCCCGCUAAACAAUAUAUACCCACUGCAGUUAUGCCAGUACAUAAAAAUGCGAACUGCUAUAAUAUGAAUCACAAAAACCGUGGCAAAUGCAUAAUCUUCAAUCAUGAGGAAUUUGACUUUCUCGAACUUGCUAAACGAGAGGGUUCUACAUAUGACACGUUAAGACUGCAAAAAGCUUUUGGGAACCUCGACUUCGACAUUGAAAUUCAUGACAAUUUGACGCACAAUCAAAUUACGGAUGUUAUUGAAAAAGUGAGUCAGCUCGAUCAUACAGAUAAUGAUUGUCUUUGUGUCAUCGUUCUAACUCACGGAUUGCAAAACGACAUGAUAAGCGCAAAGGACGUCAUAUACAAAUCCGAUAGGCUUUGGAAGCCUUUCACUGCCGAUAAAUGUGUUACACUUGCGGGCAAACCUAAGCUAUUCUUCAUCCAGGCUUGCAGAGGUGAUGAAGCUGAUGGCGGCAUUUUAUUGGAGUCUCGCAAGAUGGAAAAGGAACAAACAGAAACUGAUUCAGUAUCUUCUUAUUCUAUUCCGACUCAUGCAGAUUUUCUCAUAGCUCACAGCUCGGUCCAAGGUUUCUUUACCUGGAGAGAUCCAUCAGAAGGUACAUGGUAUAUACAAUGCUUAUGCGACGUUUUGGAUGAACAUGGAACAGAGAUGGAUUUGAUGAGCAUGCUGACUAUAACAGCGCGAAAGGUUGCUACGGAAUAUGCUUCCGUUCAUGUCGAUGAUGAUUUGCAUAACAAGAAGCAGGUACCAUCAGUAACGACGAUGCUAACCAGAUUCGUUUACUUCCCACAAAAAUCAGUGACAGACUCAGAAAAAGAUAACAAAUAACAGACGUCUUCUAUUGGAUGUCAUCGGCAUCAAUUUGAUUUGUUAUAUUCUCCUUUGAAGAUGAGUACAAAUUCAUUUCGGAGUACAAACUGCAAAACAUUUUCUAGAAUUAGAAUAUGGAUUUUGGCGUAUGCGGAUGACAUUGCACUAAUGACAAAUAAUAGGGAAGCGAUGUUAGAUAUGAUAGGAACUGUUAAAAAAUUUUUGAAAGAUGGGUAAGUUUGAAGUUAUGCGCAGACAAAACUGCUUGUAUUUAAUAAGAAAGGAAAGAAAAGUGAACUUGGCAAGAAAAAAUAAUUGAGGAGGUACAGGAAUUUUAAUAUUUAGGAUUUAUAAUAAGUUUACAUAAAAGUAUUAAAAAGCUAAUGAGAUUGAAACGCGGUUAAUGAAGCGUAAGAAUUUUUACAUCUAAUUUUACUAAGUCCUCUUAACAUAGAACGUUUCAAUUACGAGUCAUCUUCAUUGCAGCUACAUACUUUUUAAACUGCAAGGCUUAAGGUGCCAAUAUUCUGCGGAUAGUUCCUCGGUCAAUCUUGAUUAGCAGGAUUGCAUGCUCAUCUCUAAUCCCACAUAACCGCCUGGCCUCUCCCCGGGGGGGGAGUACGUGUAAUGCAUUUUCUUCACGUAAAAAAAAUUCCUCUUCCCAACAUCGAUUACCCCUCAUUCCAUUCCCCAACUUAUAUCUCGCCACCCUCUGCCACCUACUCUUUCACUCUUUUUUCAAAUAUCCCGGCAAAUACUCCCUCUCUCUUAAUCCACUUAUAUUCUAUAUUAGAUUUUGCCUUUAUUAUUCUUUCCCGUCUUACCUCUCUUUGCAUUUUCUUCUCUUUCUUUAUCAAACCCUCUACGUCUCUCCCUUCUUUCCCCAUCUUAUUCCAUUUCACCCCUCUCUUCUCAAAAAAUCUCUUUGUUUUUCCUCCCAUAAGGAUAUAUUUUUCUUUUUUCUGCCUCUUGACUUUCAUUUCUUCCCAACACUUUUUUGCCUGGUCGCUUUCUCUUCCCUUUUCCAAUCUUUUUUCGAAACCUAUUGCCCUUAUUUCUGUUCUACCCCUUAACUUUUCUCUUUGACGCUCUUCUCUCACCAUGUAUCUCGGCGGACCCCACUCUACUCCUAACAUCCAUUUCAGAAAUCUUUCCUGCAAAUCUUUCCAAUAUUUCCCUCUUUUUCCACCCCCAUAUUUCCACCCCAUAUCCUAUUACUGGCCAGACUAGUACAUCAAACAGUCAGUACAUUCUGCUCCAGUCUCCCUUGAACCUUUUUUUCCCAAUCCCCCAAACUUUUUCCAUCACUGCCGCUUCUUUCCUCAAUCUUUCCCUUACCUGCGCCCUUGCGCCCUCUGUCUUCCAUUGUAUUGCACUGUGCUACUCUAAAUAUGAAAACUCUUUUACCUCGAAUCAUCUAUUGCUUUCUUUUUUCAUCUCCAGUUUAUCCUCCUUUUCUAAACCUCAUUAUUCUCGUUUUGUUAACAUUGAGUUUCAACUCUUUUCCGUAGAUAAACAUCUCUCCAAUCUAGCCAGCAUACAUCUCGUUUCCUCCUCCGCCAACAACACUAUGUCAUUUUCAUAUGCGCCAAUGAGAAAAUUUUUUCCUCUCCCAGUUUAAUUUCUCCCCAUUCGACCUCUCUCAUCUCUUGCUCUAGAUCCGCCGUUAACAAAUUAAAUAACGUCGGACUUAAGGGACAUCCCUGCCUCACCUCUUUUCCCAAAAACAAUUUCCUAAGUUUUCACCUACUUUUACCAUAUUCUUUGUCUCCCUUAUCUCAUCCUCACAUCUUACCACCAGCCCUUCCUUUACUCCUCUAUCCCUCAUUGUCUAAUCUAACCAGAAUCCUUCUAUCCACGUAAUCAAACGCGGUUCUUGGGUCAACGAAAAGGACAACCAUUUUCCCUCCUGGCUUGCUGACUUGCCUAUUUAUUAAAUAAUUUAACACAUAUGUAUUAUCUAUUCCUAAACCCUUUCUGAACCCCGUUUGAUUUUGCGGAAUCAAUCCUUUACCCUCCACUUCUUCCCUUAACUUGUUUGCUAUACUUUAUGUAGUGACGUCGUCAAUGAUACUUUUCUAUGUUCCUUUACCCUAGUGGAAAAAUUAAUGGGCUUUCUAUAAUUUACUAGAUCCUACUAAAAAAAAUAAAAAAAAUAAAAAAAAAUCUCUUCUGGCAGAGCCCGGGACAG